AUGAACAAGCUAACAGUUUACGAUUCCUCAUCAGACGAAGAAGAACAGAGACCAUUGAAAAAAACGCGCCAAAGUAACAUGCCACCGUUGGGGUCGUUUUUCCAUACGCAAGCACGGGUGACAGACAAAGGGAAGGAUGGAAGAAAACGAGCGGUGCCACAUACAGUAAAUAGUUGGGCCACUUAUGUAUACUUUCAAGUGGAUUUGGCAGAAGGGGAUAAGGAUAUGCUUUUAGGGUAUUGUAAUGGAUUAACACCAAUUGAACAACAGCAUCUAAGUAUCAGCAAGACAGUUUACCUAAAGGAACAUCAAUUGGAUCCGUUUGUAAAAGCUGUGCGUGAUUCACUGGAAGGUAUCAAGCCGUUCACCAUGUCCUUUGCCCAACUGUCACAACUUACCAAUGAUGAAAAGACAAGAUCAUUUGUCACUCUAGAAGUCGGUGCUGGUUAUAACGAGCUGUCAAAAUGCAUGAAAAGUGUGGAUAAAGUAAUGAAGGGAUAUCAUCAACCCGUAUUUUAUGAUCCACCUAGAUUUCAUACAAGUAUUGCAUGGUCUCUCCAAGAAUCAACUAUAGAAGCAUUAAAUAUUCCCAAGAACUCUGUCGAUGCCAUGUUAAUUAACACAUUUACCUUGUCACGACUUUUCAUUAAGCAAGGCAAUCGAAUAAAUUAUAUUGAUUUGGGAAAUUAA